AUGUCGCAGGGGUAUUUCAAUGGGGAUAUCUUGUCUGCCUGCGAUCGAUGUCAUUCGAGAAAGGUCAAAUGUGAUAGACAACAGCGUUGCGCGAAUUGCGCGGAUGCCGGGGUCGAAUGUCAACGGGUCCGUCCGGGAAGGUCUAGGAAACGACCAUUGCCGGGCGUCUUGACUCCGGAGGAGAGUAUACUUCAACUGGAGAGACCAAUAUUGACACCUUCGUCGCAAAGAGGUGGUGGUCAGGAGAGCGAAGUUGAAGUUAGAACGCCCGCCAGGCAGAGACGAGGUAUCAAUAGUCACGACCGCUUGGAAAAGUCUCCGGAAGGCCAUGUCCGUUCGGCCGGAAUUGAUUGUUCCAACCAUCAUGCCAUGCGCGCAAGAUCUGUCAUCCAGCUGGAACUGGUUGAUAGCAGACACACCAAUCAGAAACAGCAGGUUGUUCUCAAAGCCGCUCUCCAACUAGUGAACCAAAUUGGAGGAUGUGAGGAAAAGCAGCCGGACGAGAAUGUCGGCAAUGAGACAACAGUCAUUACUGCUGAAGACCCUGCAACUGUACCGGAUGCUCCUCCGGCAGAGCUACUCCUGAUGCUCUUGCAUCCAAAUGCCGGGCCCCAGUGGCCAGACCAUAUAUCGAACAAGACGCUUGAGAAAAUGGCCGCGGCGCUCAUGAAGGGCGAUUUCCAGGGUCAAGUGUUCCAUCAAUACUGCGUCUGCAUUUACGUCAAAGCGAUUUUGCAUUUUUAUCAGCUCUCGAGACAGAUAAACAGCUCCGUUGUUAAGGAGCAGCUUGUUCGGUCGAGAAAUACUUACAUCACAGCUACCCUCCGGAGCAUUCAGCAAUUCAACAUUCUUGCAUCGCUAACCCUGCAAUCCAUCCAGGCCCUGGUGUCGAGUGCCUUAUUGAUGCAACAACUUGGAGAUGUCAAACAAUGCUGGACUCUCAACUCAUACGCCGCUCAGCAGAUUGUUGCACUUGGUUAUGAUCGGAUUCGCAAUAUACCUGCUCGCUCACAGGCUGAAGAGGAGAUACACAGCGCCGUAUACUGGUGCUACUAUCUAGAUAGAACAGUCAGCGCACUUCUCGUGCGACCUACAGCCCUGCCUAAUCUUAACGUGUCUCCAACAGAGCUCAUCGCAUCUAUGCAGCAGUCCGCGUACGACCCGUUGAUCCGGAUUCUACUCGAUCUCGCGCAGAUUCAAGGGCAUUUGCUUGCAUUUUCGUCGGAUUUGAAACGGGCAGAUUCCAGGUACAUCUUGGAUACUUGCAAUAUGAUCGAGGAAAGGAUGCACAGAAUCUCGCAAGACUUACGAACCAGCCGCGAAUCGCUCCCAGAAAUGCUUAAAUAUGACUGGGUUGCCGCCGACUUCUGUUACUAUGCAAUCUACGUCGAAAUCCUCCGAACACGUCUGAGAUGCACAUUCACCCCACUAGUACAUAGGGAAUGUCUAGUCUACGCUCGAAGAUCCCUGGAAGCGUUUCGAUUCCUUCAGCAACACCGUGCGGAGCUGGGGUUUGACGAUCCAUACCCAUCCUUUCUGACCUGGACACUGCUUCUAUACCCACUGAGCCCUUUCUUCGUCGUUUUCUGUAACAUCAUCGGAACACUAGACAAAGACGACCAUGAACUCAUCUACCAAAUCACAACGGGUCUCUCGCAAUUCAAGCGAGAUUCGCAUCUAGAAAAAGUUCUCAGCCUGCUCAUCUCUCUCGAGCGACUUUGCGAGUCAUUGUUCCACGAAGACGGAGAAGCAUUGCCGGAGAUGCAAAGACCGGUGGAGGCACUUCCCUCAAUUCAAAGCCUUACAAAUGCCGGUGAUACGGAUUUGGGACAGGAUGUGUCGGGCUCUGACACAGGGGCUUCGGCUGAUUGGCUUAUGUGGCAGCUAUUCAAUAGUGAGGUGCCAUUGGGGUGGCUUAACCCGGAUUUUCCUAUACUGUAA